GGAAAGGUGCUUGCCUAAGGAGAGCUCAGGAGGUCCAGUGCACAGAUGAAUUCAAAUCCUUCCAAUGCCAUGGCUUUGACUUCUACCACUUCGAACAAAAAAGAGACAGUGUGCAUAUUUGGAACAGGAGAUUUUGGAAGAGCUCUGGCAUAUAAAAUGAUUCAGUCCGGCUACUCCGUUGUGUUUGGAAGCCGACAGGUGCAGAUAUCCAGCCUGAUUCCCAAGGGUGCUGAGGUGCUGAGCCACACAGAGGCUGCACAGAAAGCUUCCAUCAUCUUUAUAGCAAUCCCGAGGCAACAUUACAACUUCCUUCUACCAUUAGCAGAAGUUCUCAACGGAAAAGUGCUGGUGGAUGUAAGCAACAACUUAAAAUUAAACCAGUAUUCCCAAUCCAACGCAGAAUACCUUGCUCAGCUGAUCCCAGGUGCUAAGGUUGUGAAAGCCUUCAACACCGUGUCAGCCUGGGCCUUGCAAUCCGGCACGCUGGACGCAAGCCGACAGGUGUUUGUCUGUGGAGAUGACAAGAAAGCCAAACAAAUGGUGAUGGAUAUUGUCCGUGCACUGGGUCUCACACCAUUAGAUCAGGGAUCUCUCUUGGCUGCUCAGGAAAUAGAGAAUUACCCUCUGCAGCUCUUUCCAAUGUGGAAAUUCCCCAUCUUCUUGUCUCUUGGCCUAAUUGCAUUCUUCUUCUUCUACUGUUUGAUUCGUGAUGUAAUUUAUCCUUAUGUUAAUGAAAAGAAAGAUUUUUCUUUCUUUAUUGCAAUUUCCAUUGCAAAUCGGAUCUGCCCGAUACUGGCACUCAUCCUUCUUGCCUUGGUCUAUCUUCCGGGGGUACUUGCUGCAAUUAUUCAGUUAUACAGAGGUACCAAAUACAGUCGUUUCCCAGACUGGCUGGACAAAUGGAUGCUGUGUAGAAAACAGCUUGGACUAGUAGCCUUGGCAUUUGCUUUUCUACAUGUUUUGUACACUCUUGUUAUCCCAAUUCGCUACUAUGUAAGAUGGAGAACAAAUAGCGGAGUCAUUUCCCAAGCACUGAACAACAGAACAGAUCAAUUUAAUAACAGUAAUGCCUGGCUUAGUGACUCUUACUUGGCUUUGGGGAUUUUAGGAUUUUUUUUAUUUGUGCUGCUGGGAAUAACUUCCUUGCCUUCAGUCAGCAACAGCGUCAACUGGCGAGAAUUUCGAUUUGUGCAGUCCAAGCUGGGAUAUCUGACCCUGAUUUUGUGUACUGCACACACCCUGGUUUAUGGUGGGAAGAGGUUCCUGUAUGCUUCAUCGUACAGAUGGUACCUUCCAAAUGCCUACAUGCUCUCUCUCAUAGUUCCAUGCAUUGUACUAGUGGUGAAAUUUGUGCUUGUACUUCCCUGUCUUGAUAAACCACUCACACGAAUCCGGCAGGGCUGGGAGAGAAAUCCUCGAUACUCUGAACAGUCACACUAUAUUAUCAACAAGUCUGCUGUAUAAUU